AUGAGCGCCGUCAAUGUGAAGGACGUCACCGUUUUGGGGAACCCAGCUCCGUUUGUCGAUCCCUUCCAAUUCGAGAUAUCCUAUGAAUGUCUGACUCCUCUCAAAGACGAUUUGGAGUGGAAACUAGUCUAUGUAGGAUCAGCCGAGGAUGAAACAUAUGACCAAGUGCUAGAAAGCGUGCUCGUUGGCCCCAUCAAUGUUGGUAACUACCGUUUUAUUUUCCAGGCUGACCCCCCAGACCCAUCAAAGAUUCGCGAGGAGGACAUUAUUGGCGUGACUGUGCUGCUUCUGACUUGCUCCUACCAAGGGCAAGAGUUUAUCCGGGUAGGAUACUACGUGAACAACGAUUACGAGGAUGAGAAGCUACGGGAAGAGCCACCUCAGAAGGUUUUAAUAGAUAAGAUUCAAAGAAACAUUUUGGUCGAUAAACCUAGAGUGACGAAAUUCCCGAUUAAUUUUCACCCAGAGAAUGAAAACAAUGAAAAUGAAGAAGAGCAGCCUUGCCCUGCACUGGAAGGGAAUGUGAUGAAAAUCAAUGAAAAUGAAGAAGAGCAGCCUUGCCCUUCACCGGAAGGGAAUGUGACAGAAAUCAAUGUGCAAGAGGACGAGCCUUCGAAUCAGAUUUCUGUAGAGUGUAGCUAA